UCAUCAUUGUCUAAACAACCUCUGGAGGUGACAAAAUGAGGUGUCUACAGUCUACACACGCACACAGGAACACCUUUGUGCCUUCCUGAGCAGAAUGACCUGCCAUCAGCCCUUAAGCCGUCACACACAACUCACAAGCAUGCUCCACAGCACAUUUCCAUCCUUGGCACAAAUGCACGCCUCGUGCACUUGCCCCACCCUCUUUUCUGGUCAAGUGGCUACAAAGGCCCAUAUGCCCAUUGUGUGCAUGGGGCAGGGGAGGGUCACACUCAAGUAGUCAUGAGUUCAUGACUACUGACUCAUGUGACGAGUCCGUGACACUGAUGAGCCGCUCGGUCGCCGGCGCUGUCCACCACUAGCGGCAUUCCUUCGACAUAUCGGAGUAGAAAAUCCUUUAACGGACAAUCUGUUUUUUUUUCAGAAUGCAGGCAACCCAAGUCAGAGAAAACUCUGUAAACGCGAAACGCUAAUGAUUUAUUGACUCGAUUGAGAUUGAGAUUGUGUUCGUUAUAAUGUUUUGAAGCUGGUUUCGAAGUGGGAAUUGAUUCAUUUGAAAACGAGGAAGGAACUCAUAAUCCUGUUUUUUAGUAACUGAGUUUCCAUUAUAAGAAGAGAGAUCCGAAAACCCUAGCUUUAAGAAUCUGAUCAUGUAUGCUGUUUGAUUGAAUGGGUUUGCUCAAAGUUUUAGCAUCUGAUUUGGGCAAUUAGACUUCCUGAACCGCCUAGUGGUUCUCUGCGCAUGCCGGAGAUUUUCGAAGGUGGGAUUUACAGUGUUAUUAGGCGGGCAGUUAUAGUAGGAAAUGGUUUUGCUGGUUCGGAGAAUCAGAGUAUUGGAUUGGUUCGCGCUCUCGGGUUUUCAGAUAGGCAGUCGUUCUAUCGCGUUACAAGGCCAACUGGCAGACUCAACAAGUGGCUCCAUUGGCUCCCGGUUUCUCUCCACAAAAAGUUAAACUAUGUAAUUAAGAGGAUUUGUGGUGAGUCACGAUUUCUAACAGCUGGGGCAAGGAAGCUGGUUCCCGUUGCUGCUGAAAAUGGUCGGAGUUCAGGCUUGUCAACUGUUCUAGAAGCUGAUGCAAAACAGAUAGCAACAAUUGCUCGUGAGACUUUUGAGAAGGAUGGCCCUUUGUCGGUGGUUGCUUCUGGCCGUGACACCAUAUCUGUAGUAAGCUCCAUAAAGCGAUUAGCUCCUGAAAAUGUUUUUGUGGUCCAGAUACAACAUCCAAGAUCACAUUUGAAUAGGUUUGAUCUGGUGAUUACUCCUCAGCAUGACUACUACCCAUUGACUCCUCAAGCACAAGAACAGAUUCCUCGGUUUCGCCGAAGGUGGAUAACUCCACAUGAACCUCCAGAUAGACAUGUUGUCCUCACGGUGGGAGCUCUACAUCAGGCUGAUUCUGCUGCACUCCGGGGGGCUGCUACUGCUUGGCAUGAUGAGUUGGCACCUCUUCCAAAGCCUUUUCUUGUUGUAAACAUAGGCGGGCCUACGAGACACUGCCGCUAUGGUGUGGACCUUGCCAAGCAAUUAACUUUGUCACUACAGAAUGUGCUUGCAAGCUGUGGAAGCCUGAGAAUAUCUUUCUCUAGGAGGACUCCUCGGAAGGUAGCCAACAUUUUGAUUAAAGAACUCAGUUGUCAUCCAAAGGUUUACAUUUGGGAUGGGGAAGGCUCAAAUCCACAUAUGGGGCAUCUGGCAUGGGCCGAUGUCUUUGUCAUCACAGCAGAUUCAGUUAGUAUGUUGAGUGAGGCUUGCAGCACUGGCAAGGCUGUCUAUGUCAUUGGGGCAGAACGAUCUACAUGGAAAUUUUCCGACUUCCACAAGUUUCUUCGGGAACGAGGCGUGGUUCGGCCAUUUAGUGGUAAAGAGGAUAUAUCUGAGAGCUGGAGCUAUCCACCUCUUAAUGAUAUGGCAGAAGCAGCACGUCGUGUACGUGAAGCACUUGCUGAGCGUGGAUGGAGAUUGCAGGUGUAGCAAACAUUUUUUAUCAGUAAGAUCCUAUCCCAUUUUAAGAUUGGAUAGUGCUCGAACUGUGUGGACUUUGGGCACAGGGGUGUUUGCAUCCAAUUCCAGCCUUUCGCAAGCCUAAAGAAGUGAUGGUUCGCUUUAUCUGAUCAGCAGCGUGUCUGUUUAUCCAUCGGAUCAUCAGCUUGGCUACUAUUAAUUGCUUGCACCCAAACACCAUACAGACGUUUUUGUUCCUCUAUUUCCUCCAGGGUUGAGUGUUGUGCUUGGUAGCUGCAGAAUGAAAUAGCAGCACUGGCAGUCCGGCUUGUAAGACAGAAGAGAUGUUUACUGUUUCCAUUCGGUGGACGUGUAUCUCUUUCACUGUAGCAUUUUGCAGGAGAUGGCUUUUGAAAAAAAGAAAAAAAAAAAAGAGAAGGGUUUGUGAAUGCUCUAAGGUAUUUAAGGAAAUAUGAGAGGAUGCUCAAGGGUGUAGUGUAGUGAAUGUGUUCAGGUAAGGCUAGGAAACCAUGGUUGAACAUCUCUGUAGGUUGGUAGAGUUUAAUACUAUUGUAAUAGUCAAUAUCAUUUUAGUGUUCGAAAUUGCUAGUGGUCA